AUGAAAUUCCCUUAUAGCUUCACCCUCGUGCUAUGGCUUUUGACCAACGGGCUUGUUGUCGAAGCUCAAAAAUACUUGAAAUCGUCAUCCCUUUUGACCUGUAUGGAAGACUCGCAAUUCAGUUCCAGUUAUUUCGAUGUCACAUUCUAUCCCGACAAUUCCACAGUGGUUCUGAACGUGGACGGUAACUCGCUUAUUACCGGUAAAAUCAGCGCCGAAGUGUCCGUUGUGGUUUACGGUCUUAACAUCUACUCUACAUCCUACGAUUUAUGUGACCUUAACUAUGCCACAUUGUGUCCAAUUUCCUCAGGAAGAAUUAGUAUCUCCGGAUACAGUUACAAGAUUGAAAGCGAUUUGAUCAAGCAGAUUCCUGGAAUUGCCUAUACGGUGCCUGAUUUGGAUGCCUAUGUCAAGGUUGUGGUGUACUCAACAAAUGACACAGACAGAACCGAUCCUCUCGCCUGUGUCAAGGCAACCAUGACCAACGGCAAGAGUGUGCAAACUAGAUACGCCGGAUGGCCUAUUGCCAUUGUUUCUGGUUUCGGACUGGUGGUGUCGUCGUUUGUGUCGAUUCUCGGCCACUCCGCCACUGCGGCCCACAUCGCCUCGAAUGCCGCUUCUCUUUUCAUCUACUUCCAGAACUUGGCUCUCACCUCCAUGAUGGGUGUCUCUUUGGUUCCACCAGUCGCCGCUGCCUGGGCUCAGAAUUUCAUGUGGUCUCUGGGUAUUAUCCGUGUCCAGUUCAUGCAAGAUAUGAUUUACUGGUAUGUCCAGGCAACUGGCGGAAAAGUCACCUCGAUCCUGCAAAGCAAGUCGGUGAUUUCGAUCUCUGUUCAAAAGAUGUUGAAGAAACUGAGACUUGUGAAAAGAAUCACCGCCGAAAGCUCGGACUCUUCUAGCGAUGUCUUGAGCGACUCGAGUCUGUACACCACCAAUGAGGACGAUGUUGGAUCGAAAACUUUGAUUCUUAGAGGUAUCCAAAGAGUUGCUUAUUUGUCCAACAUCGAGAUCUCCAACAUCUUCAUGACAGGUAUCAUUUUCUUCCUCUUUGUUGGUUUCGCGUUGCUUGUGCUGACCACCAUUUUCAAAGGAAUUUGUGAGUUGAUGGCAAGAACAGGAGCAAUCAAGGGAAACAAAGUUAUUGGGUUCAGAAACCAUUACAGAUCUGUCAUCAAAGGAUGUCUUUACAGAUUGUACAACAUCACUUUCCCAACACUCACGUUCUUGUGUAUUUGGGAAUUCACACGAGUUGAUUCUGCUGGAUGUGUUGUGUUUGCAGUCGCAAUUCUGGCAAUUGCAUUGAUCAUGAUGGUCUAUGCCUCGAUCAGAAUUCUUCUUGCUGGAUCCAGAUCUGUGAGAAAGUUCAAGAACCCAGCAUACCUUCUUUUCGGAGAUGAGAAGGUUUUGAACAAGUUUGGAUUCUUGUAUGCUCAAUACAAGGCCAACAACUAUUUCUGGGUGGCCAUUCAUCUGUUCCACAUUUUCCUGAGAGCCAUUUUCAUUGCUGCUUUGCAAAACCACGGUAAGGUUGUUGCUGUUCUGAUUUUUGCAAUCGAACUGAUCUACUGUGUGGCUUUGAUUUUCAAGAGACCUUUCAUGGAUAAGAGAACCAACAUCUUCAACAUUUUCAUUGGCGUGAUCAACGUGAUCAAUUCGAUCUUUUACUUAUUCUUUUCCAACAUUUUCAAACAACCCGCAGUGGUUUCGUCGGUGGCAGCAUUGGUUUACUUUAUUCUCAAUGCAGUUUUUGCCGCCAUUUUGCUGAUUUUCACCAUCGUUACAUGCACUUUGGCAUUGAUUCGGAAGAACCCAGACACAAGAUAUGAACCAAUUAAGGACGACAGAUUGGCUUUCAUCACGAACGAUAGACCCGAGGACAAGAUCGAGUACGAGCUUGCUGCUCUUGGAGCCACUGCUAUGAGGGGACAUGAUAGAAACUCCUACUUGAUGGACCAACAAUCCAUCAACAACUCCGGCUACAUCCAGAGCCCUGAACAGAAGCUCAAGAGCGAAAGUACAAGCGGGAGUAGCUUGAACCCGUUCACCAAUGGCAAUGAGGACGAUUCUAGCAGAAACUCCUUCAUCUUUAAAGCCUCUGCCAACAACAACACGCAGUCGCCAACCUCGCGGGCAAGAGAUGACAGUGUUGGGAACCAAGAUUCUCAAGGGUUUACCAAUUAUCGCAGAAGAGAUCUUCUAUAG